GUUUACAGGAGACAACACGAACAGGAAUUAGUUUAUUACAAUAUCCUAGUUAAAGAUGUCGGCGAAUCCAAUUGAGAAUUCUGUUGAGUUGAGAGAAGGUCUAAAGAAUGGCACGCUGUCUCUGAGAGACCUCGAUAACAAGCAGAAGAGACGAUCCUCCAAGGGCAGAAGGAGGCGAAGCAAGACAAAGACUGGAAGAACUGAAGAGGCAGAUGAUCGCGGUGAAACUAAAGUAAGGGCUGUGGAAGAUCCGAAACACAGCAAGAAGGAACCAAAGGGUGACAAAUUUUCCAGGACCAAGAAUGUUCCGAAAGGCAAAGAAAUUCAACUUGAAAUAAGCAACCAACACAAAGAAUCGGAAGAGAUUGUACGCAGCUUACUUGAUGAAGCCUUUGAUACAGUUACUAGGCAUUGCAUUGCUAUCGAACAUGGCGUUGCAUACGAACAAGCGCAUACUCUGGCCAAUGCCUUCAUGGCAGCUUUUGACGAAAGGGUGGAAUUGACAGGAAAGUUCUACAUCGACAUGAAGAGAGAAACACAGGAGUUGCUAUACAAGGCAGCAGAGGAAAACGUGAAAGACUUGAUAAUCAGAGCAACAACACAAUGGAGUCCAAGUCAAGAAAAAGAGCAACAUAACGUUGUGAGUACCGUGGACUUGCAGUGCUCCGCGGAAUUAGAUAAAAGAAUGAGAGCGCAUAUAGAGCAAAUUAAGGCCGAGAAACUGGCAAUGCAACAGAUUAUGGAAAAAGCAGCCUCGGAGGUUGUCGGAGAUUUGUUCUCUUGCGCAGCCAACAAUGCAAGCAAAACAAAGACUUGGAGUACUGAAGGCACAGGCGAGGACCAUACAACGAAAGCAGACGUUGUGAAAGAUCCAAGAAAUGCCACAAACGCGUCAAAGAUUACCAAAUCUCCAGAGACCAAAACAGUUCCGAAAGAAAGAGUUGUUGAUCUUGAAGUGAGCCCACAACAUAAAGAAUCCGAAGAGAUUGUACGCAGCAUUCUUGAAGAAGUCUUGGAUACAGUUACCGGGCAUGGUGUUGCUUACCAGCAAAGUGUUACAAAUGACCAGGCACUUAUGUUGGUCCUUGGCUGUGUGGCAGCUUUUGAUGAAAUUAAUCAAUUCACAAAGAAGUUUUAUGUGGACGAGAGAAGAGCAACUCAGGAGUUGUUAUACAGAGAAGCAAAAGAAAAUGUCAAGAACUUGCUUCGAUCUACAGAAUUUAGAGCCAGAAUGAGGGCCCAAGUGAAACAAAUAAACGCCGAGAAACAGGCAAGGAAAGAGAUAGUGUACAAAGCGGCUUCGGAAACCGUCGAGGAUCUGUUCUCUUGCGCAGCUAACAAUGCAAGCGUACAAAAUGUGUUGGAAACAGAGAUGACGAAUGUAGAAGAGACAGAUUGUGAGUUACCUGUGAGAGGCUGGAGAAGAUUUCUCUGCUGCGGACAGACAACCAAACCAAAGCAAAAGAAGAAGAAGACUGGAUUCUUUGCUCGCUUGCGCCGCUUGUUUGGUCGCCGUUAAUUUUUUUUUAAAGUUAUUUGAAAACUAACAUUUUUAUCAUCAUCGGUUUCAAUACAUCUGUAAAAUUAAAUAUAUCAUUCAAAGAAAAUAGAUAUGAUUUUAUA